ACGAAAGCCGUUAUUCAUCAUUCCUUGGAUAACACAGCAAUGUCUCUUUCCAUGCAUUCUCCGCAAAAUUUUCAUCUUCCCUUUUCUCUUCUCAUUACCAUUUUCGCGAUUAGCAGAGACUUCCGCUUCCGUUGGUCCCAAAGGAUUUCCUACUUGUAGGGCACUGUAUAUUGUAGUUCUUUCACCAGGGUUCGGUUGCCCACCCCCUCAUGGGGCAGUGCUGGACUAAGGUAUGCAGUCAAGAGAGCAAUGAUGUCCCUCCCACUUUUGAUAUUGCUGGUGGAAAUGUUUGCCUUGUGAAAUCAAUGGACAAGUGGGAAGAAAAGAUGUCUGAAGCCAAUGACAGUGGCAAGAUUGCGGUGGUAAAUUUCAGUGCGUCAUGGUGUAACCCUUGUAGAGCAGCAGCACCAGGCUAUCAUGAACUUGCUGAUAAAUACACUUCAAUGAUAUUUUUAACCGUGGACGUGGAUGAGUUAGCUGAGUUAAGUACUUCGUGGGACAUAAAAGCUACUCCAACAUUCGUUUUCUUUAGAGAUGGCCGUCAAGUGGACAAAGUAGUAGGUGGCAACAAGCAAGAGCUCCAAAAGAAGUUGAAGAAUCUCGCAGAGUCUACAAGGUCCCCGGGUUGACAUGCUGUGGCUUCGCUGCAGUAGGAAAAAUAUGAACGCGAAAAUGCUAUUCUAAAAUUCUGGUUUUGUCACUUUAAUUUUGCGAUUUACUGCUGCAACAUCAUUUCGUGUUUCUAUGCAUAUUAAGAAAAGUACUGGGAUAUAAGGAAGUACAAUUUGCAGCUUGGAAAACAAAUUCUUAAGGGGAUACAUCUUAGUUGUGUUACCCCAAACACGAGAAAGUAAAUGGCGACGUACAGUUAUUACUUA